AUGAUCUUUGACACCAAGAAUCUUUCUCUUUUCCUUGCAGCCACCCUUCUGCCAAAGCCCCUUCAGGUGGCUGGCCAUGCUGCCCUGACUAACCCCAUGGGGCGCCAGGCCUAUGCAAAAGUGUACGGAAGCAAUUCCAUCCCUGGACGCCCUUUCCCGAUCGGUGACCCGCUGGGCUGGCAGGCUGGCGGAUAUACUUACGGCGCCUGUGGAAGGAUGCUGGCCGGUGAUGAUAUUAAUGACUUUACCAACAACUACGUCGACGUGAAUGGCGAUCCUGCUGAUUGGCAGACCCAAGCUGUCUACGAUGAAGGCGAUGUCAUUGAGCUGGAGGUGACAAUCCAGGCCAACCAUGGCGGCUACUUUUUGUACUAUGUCUGCCCUGACGUCGACAAUCCCACUCAAGAGUGCUUUGAUCAAUACCCACUCGAGUACGUUGGAGAUGCCCUCUAUGGAGCGGAGCAUCAAGAAGAGCCCUAUCAGAAUCGAGCUUACUUGGCUCCGGAUAGCGUGGAAAAUAAGGUGGAGAGCCCAGGCUACCAACUCGAAAACGGAGAAAAUUGGGCGUCGGGUUACCUGGUUGCGCGCCACUACUACAAGCUUCCCGAAGGAGUCUUUGGGGAAAGGAUGUUGCUUCAGUGGCAAUGGAAAACAUUCAUUUUUGACUGUAUUCCACCAGCUUCCGAUGAGUAUGAGUUUCCUAGCGAUUGGGGAGAUGUCCUAAGUUCAUACUCGAAUGCCAUUUGCUCGGUUGACGAUCAAGGCCGCAUGGCGGAUGCUGGAAAUUCCCCUCAGAGCUAUUGGCAAUGUGCCGAGAUUGAAAUUCGUGAAGCAUCUCCGACCAUUUCUCCGGCACCUACCCUGGCGCCUACCACACUGGAACCUACCUUGGCACCCCCUCCGACUGCCCCAACCUCAAGAGCUCCAACUGUUUGUGAUGUCUGCACCGGCGUUAUCGAAUGCAUUGGCAAGGGCGAGCGCGACUGUUUUCAUUUGAUAAACAAUGACGGCAAAGAUUGCGCUUGGACUGACUGCGACGCCGAAGAAACACCCGCUCCAACUGAAGCUCCCGUGACACCUCCAACAGAAGCUCCCGUGGCGCCAACUGAGCCGCCCGCAACAUCUUCCCCGACAGACGCUCCAACAGAAGCUCCCGUGGUGCCAACGGACUCGCCCACAGAAGCUCCCGUGACGGAAGAACCAACAGAAGCUCCGGUGGCGCCUACUGACUCACCAACAGAAACUCCCGUGACGGAAGAACCAACAGAAGCUCCCGUGGCGCCUACUGAUUCACCAACAGGAGCUCCCGUGACGGAUGAACCAACAGAAGCUCCCGUGACGGACGAGCCAACGGACGAGCCAACAGAUGAACCGACAGUGGCUCCGGUGACGGAAGAACCGACCGCGGCCACAACCCCAGAGCCAACUGAAGCAGGUCCCUGUGGGCAAUGCGAACCCAGAGAUGGUGUUAACGAGCCGGAAUGCAACGGUCAGACCUUUCGAAGGUGCCGACGAAUGAUUGACCGAGAGGGCAAAUGCAUGUGGAAUGUCGAAUCUUGUUUCCUCGAUGACGAUGAAGAGGACGACGACGAAACUUGCGAACAAGUGUGUAUCCCAGAUCCUGAUUCCAGCGAAAGCCAAGCUGAAUGCUAUGACCAGACAACUGAAACUUGCAUCGUAUUGAUGGCAAGUGAACCACCCAAGUGUUCCAUGACUGAAUGCUAA